AUGCCAGGGUCUUGCCAGCGUCUCCGUUUGCCCUCCCUGACGGCGAUGAUGCGCGCCACACGCGCUUCUACCACCGACUAUACCGCCUCGACGAUACGCAAGGAGCAGCGGCGUGUCGUCAUGAUGGGCGCAGCACGUGUCGGCAAGACUUGCAUCAUUUCACAGUUCCUUUAUGAUAAAUUUCAAACGCGUUACAAACAGACGGUGGAGGAAUUGCAUCGUGGCGAAUAUGAGCUGCCCGAUGGCUCAGCAUUAACGCUGGAUAUUUUAGACACAUCCGGUUCGUAUGAAUUCCCAGCCAUGCGUACCCUGUCGAUAUCAACAGCGGGCGCUUUCAUACUGGUCUAUGCUGUGGAUGACAAGCAAUCAUGGUACGAGGUGGAACGGCUAAGGAAUCAGAUAAUUGCGGCCCGUGGCCUCAAAGUGCCCAUCGUCAUUGUUGGUAAUAAGGUGGACUUAAAUGAAGCCGAACGACAGGUGCAGCAGGAAGUGACCGAAAUGAUUGUGUGCGAAGAUUGGAAAUGCGGCUACAUCGAAUGCUCGGCGAAAGACAAUGUUGGCAUUGUGGAGAUCUUCAAAGAGUUGCUGGCACAAGCAAACAUUCGCUACAAUCUCAGUCCGGCUGUGAGGCGGCGCAGGCAGUCACUACCCUCCUACAGCAGCGCAGCAGCAGGUGCAGCACGCGCCAGCAAGAGCCCAUCACACAAAUACACAUUGAAACGUCACUCAUGCACCAUGACAUGA